AUGACUCCCUUCGGCAAUCUAUUCGGCUCCGGCUUUCGCUCUGACCGAUCAUCUUCCCGCCGUUAUACACACGGCGGUUACGAUAACUAUGGUAGAUCCAGCUCUAGCCGGCUCAAUGAACCCUUCAAUAUGCCUUAUGGCGAUUACAGGACUACUUCACGCCGUGAAGAAUCUGACAACUCAACUCUGCAUCGUGCUGCUUCCCAGCGCGAGCCAUAUGACAACCGGUACAAUUACCGUGACGUGAGCCCGAUCCGCGCCUCCGAGCGUCCUCGCGCUUUCACUCAUAAGCAUGCCUACGAUGAUUAUCGUUCGGUAAGUCCUCUGGGUACGUCUCGGUUCGAACAGCCGUCGAUGGCGACACGCCAAUUCAGCGCGUCAAACAUGGGCGGUACAUUGUCUGAUCGUACCCCAUCUUAUGCGGCGAACUCUCGCGACACCUCGCGGUCGACCUCGUUUCGAAUCGACCGUGGUUACGAUGACUAUAGCCGUCCAGAGAUCUCGGGUGGAGGAAUUUUCCGUAGCAGUGCAGCCCGUAGUGGAGAUGCUUCUCGCCGUGUGGGAAACGAUGAAGGGUACGGCUCGACACUUGGUCGUGAGCACCGUCCCAACCUUGGUUCGAACUUUCGACAUGGUGGCUUCAAUUGGGAUCUCUUUUGA